AUGGAUGAGGAAACGAUUGUGAGAUCAGAGGCAGAGAGCUGGUCGGUGGCUCGCUGUGCAGAUGAAGAGGAUCCUGCUGUUGAAACAGCAGAGGAAGCUAAGGAACCAGCAGAAGCGGACAUCAAUGAGCUCUGUAAAGAUAUGUUCAGCAAAAUGGCCACUUACUUAACAGGUGAACUGACAGCCACCAGUGAAGACUACAAGCUCUUGGAAAACAUGAACAAGUUGACGAGCUUGAAGUACCUAGAAAUGAAAGAUAUUGCUAUAAACAUCAGUAGAAAUCUGAAGGAUUUAAAUCAAAAAUAUGCUGCUCUUCAGCCAUAUCUGGAACAAAUCAACCUAAUCGAGGAGCAGGUUGCAGCUCUGGAACAGGCAGCUUAUAAGUUGGAUGCAUAUUCCAAAAAACUUGAAGCCAAGUACAAAAAAUUGGAGAAACGAUGAAACUACAACUGUCUUUUUAAGUUGGAGUUGGGCUGUGGGUCAGACUGAUCUGAGUUGCACAACAUCAGUUUUAUAUGUUGACAAGGAUUUGGUAACAGCUAACAUAAGACUGGUAACUUUUUUUUUUAUCUAUUGAAUACAGUUGACUGUAUUCAGGCCUAAGGCUGAAUGGUAUUUUCCUCUUCUGUAAUGCUUCUGUUGCCUCAGUUCAGCAGUGGAAAGUUGGAACUUGUCCCUAACCCAUGUCUUGAUACUGGCUAUCCCUCCAUUAGUCUUAUGUUCAACAUGAAACAUUCUACCAGGGAAAAGCCCUGCAUAACCUAUAAAGACAUUUUCACUUAGUAGCAGCAGGACAUAAACCUAUUUUUUUCUUUAAUUGAGCUCUGUAUUGAGAAGAUUCCCUGGCCUUUGGAGUUGUGAACAUGGUAUGGAAACAUUUAAGUUUGGUAUGCAUUUUUAUCUGUUUCAAUUAGAGAGACUAGUUAUAAAUUUACAAUAAAACAACUUGCUACAUUUGUCUCUCUGGAAUAUCACAAAUUCCUGUUGGAAAAGACUGUAAGUUGUAUUUUUAUUUUUCAUAGGGUCUGUUAAUAAAGACAAACACUUUACAGUUAAUGGAGAUUGUAGAAAAAAACAUGCUUUAAACUCUUGUGUCAAGUAUUCCUGCGUUUAUAUCCUUUUCUGUCCUGACCUCUGGUGAAAUUAUGAUCACUUUAGCAUGUACUUAAUUAACUUAGUGCAUCCUUUCCCUACUUUCCCAAAGAAGUUUCUGUGUUUUUGGUCCUAUUCAAUUUUUGAAGAGGUAUGCCCAGCAAAGAAAACCGGAUGAGCAGUACUCCAAAUUACUAAUUUAACAGAAACCUUUUUACUGAACACCCAGUCAAAGUUCAGGCCUUUUUGCACCUAUUGACUCAAACUAGUUGAAGCUGGCUUUUGAUUGGGUUUCAGUAGAGGACAGAACAAUUACUGAUAGAAUUCAAACUUCAUACUAGCUGUUUGGAAGUAUUAUUAGUCAGGUGCCAAUAUGGUAAAGAUCACGACUGCCAGUUAUUGUAUAACUGCUGUAUAAAUAAUUGAUUGUCAAGUUUUCCUUAGAGCUAUUCAAAAGCAGUAAAGCAAGACCUUUGAGAGCCUUCAGCAUCACUUAGAAAGUCCUGGGUUUUAACAUGGAAAGUGCUACUCUGCAUGAUUUUGAUGUAGACUCUGAGAAAGGUUUUUUUGAAUGAGUAUCAGUAUAUUAACAGGAUUAAGUCUCCCGAAGAUAACCAUGUAUCUGUGUCUGUGUUGCUUUUGCUCAGUUAGUUUAAUAAUGAGUUUUCUACCUGUGUAAUUAAUUAAACAUUAGUAUUGUUAUGAAAGCAACUUCCUCCAGUCCAACAAGAGGAUGUAGUGACACACAUCUAAAGCCUUCGUGCCUGGAAACUGAUAUUUGAAUGACAGUAGUUUUUUUGGGAUCUUUGAUGUUCAAAAGUGUAAUAUAUCAACAGCAAUAAGAUGGUAUGGCAGAGUCCUGUUUCCCCAGCGUUUCAUGCACCUGUGAUUGCACAAGAGGUGAGCAUGUUUCAGCCACACUCACCAGUGUUGACAGUACCAUCCCUUUUCUUUGCUAUUAUGGAGGAGGAUCACAGAUCCAUGGCUGCUGAUAAGAAAUCUAUCUUGAGGGUGCUACUCAGAUCCUCCGUUCCCUGAACAAACUGGAGUUUUCAUUACAACAUAUUGCAUUCACAUGUGGGUGGGAACAUAAUUCCUGAUCCCCUGCCAGUCCUCUUACCUGACCCCUAUCCAUCUCUAAGAACAGAAAACGUCGUAGUUCAUAUCAGGUUGGAAGUGGUUCUUGACAUGUGGGCAUCAGAAUCUAGAGCUGAAUAGUCAUCAGAUAUCUUAGCAGCAUAGGCUCAUCUGGGAUUUAAACAAGAUCAUUUCUCUUCCAGCCUAGUUGUUUCUUUGAUUUCUUCCCUGGAAAGUGGUGCUGGAGGUACAUAGCGAGUGCUAACAUAGGGGAAUUAUUCUCCGCUGCAGAACAGCAGCUGGCCCUGUGCUAUGGCAAGAUUGAGGGACAGUGUGAAAUGGUGGCAGAUCUGCAUCCCAGUGUUACAGUGUCAAUCUGGCUAUGUGCUGUGUAGAGCAUUGUGAUCUUGUCUGUGUGAUAAGUCAGAUGCGUAGCUCUAAGUGCUAGUGACUUGUUCUGUCACUAGUCAACAAGUCAAACAAAUUCUUCUUUUGUCAGAUAACAUGCCAAUCAAAUACUGGAUACAGAAUGGAAUGUGAUACAGAUGGUCUCCAUACUGUAAUGGCAGCGUGCUGGCAAUUAUGUGCAAGUCAGCUCUGUUAUCAGAUGUGUACCAUGUUCUCAGACCUUGUGGAGACAAACCAAGUUGGGUACAGAACUGAAUACAGGUCAGCCCUGCUGUAUUUAAGAUGCAUUGCAGUCACCAUCCCAUUUUCCUUAGUACAUGCUGUCCACAUUACACUUGAGACACUGAAACUCAUAGUGUUCUAAGAAUCCUCUGACACUGGGAUCAUUAUAGCAGCCUUGCUGUGUAACCUCCUGAAGAGAUUGUGAAGAACUGCACUGCUCUACACACAGUUUUCUAUUUAUGUCAUUCAAUGCUCCCUACUAUGGCUGCCUUAGACCCAGUGAGGCAGCUGUUUAUCUUGAUGCCAGGGGAAGGCGUGUAAUGGAGAAUAUAUUUCAGAGCUAUUAGUUUUGCUUAAAAAAAAAAAAAAAAAAAGGUGUCAUCACCUUUAAUGUUUGUUCAAUGUAUAAAGCUCCCCCCCAUGCCACAGUUUCUUCCCUAACACGUGCAAUCACAGAAUCACAGAAUAGUUGAGGUUGGAAGGGAUCUCAAAGCCAAUUGCUCCAAUCCCCUGCUCAAACAUGGUCACCUGGAGUGGAUCACCUAGGACCAUGCAGCAUGUGAUGUUGCCACUGCCAGCUUUGGAUAUUAUGGCAAGCAAGUUGAAAGUUUUCCUAACACAGAAUUUGGAUAUAUAUUCUGCCCUGUUUGGGCAGAAGAUACUGCACGUAGAGAUGGACUUGCUAGCCAAGCAAGAGCAUGUUCUCAGGUGCAAAAAGGAUAAGGCUUGUCCUCUGGUUGGCAGAGAACUGGAAAUUUAUGAUUAAACAGAUUGUCACUGCAAAACACCACUCUGGACUGCACAUGUACUAGCUGCAAGCCGUAAGCAGCACCUCUCUGAAAGAUACGUCUGAAAGCUGAGGAUGCUGUCACUGUCACAACUAAAACGGGAUUAAUGCCCUCUAAGAGAGCAUCCAUGCAGCUGUUAUUAGCAGGUACUCUUUCUUUCUCUUCAGGAUUAAGGCAGUCAAAGGGACAGAGUGACAGUAGUCAGAUAAAUAUGGUCACGUGCCAGUAAAAUCUCAUUAUCUCUACACUUACCUCACCCUGGGGAGUGCUGUCUGCAUGGAGCUUCCUAGCCUUCCCCAUACCACCUCUUUAUUGUUAGGGGCCCAGCAUCUGAUUUGUCUUUCUAGGGAGGCUGAAGAAUAGAUUUAAAUACACUUCAGUGACAAUCAUAUAUGUGGUUUUUUAGAACUGCUGACUUAGCCACGUCUUGUUUUACUCCUGGAUGCAUUUGGUGGUUGAUGUGAGAUUCUCUCACACGUACAAACUGACAUGCUAUUGGAGAUUCUGGGAAUCUAUAUGAUCAAAGCAUAGGAAAUUUCAAAGAAAAGUAAUACAGCAUUUCUCUGCUUCUCU